AUGGCCAAAUCUCUAGCUUGUUUGUUCUUCGCCCUCGUUAUCCUAUCAAUCAAUGUCUUUCAUAUCGAGGCCCGAAAUUUGAAGGUAGCCCGAUAUUCAAACAGUGGCCAAGUUAAGCAUUUGAAAAGUUUUCCGAGCCCAGAUGAGUUACGAGGGCACAGAAUUAGACUCGAUGAAGAAUAUCCAAAUACUUUCCGGCCCACGAACCCCGGCCCAAGUCCGGGUAUUGGUCACUCAAAACUUGAUGAAGGAUCCGCUUUUCGACCCACGAAUCCUGGUCCGAGUCCCGGUAUAGGUCAUCCUAACUAA